AUGUCAAAGAUACAGAUACGUGGUCAUGAGCUGACAAUCUGUGUUCUUAUCAUUUUAGUCGGUCAGCACUGUUACUUUAUCCUUCUUGACCAUGCUUCCCUAAUGUUUCUCACAGUCUAUAAACUCGUCCGGUUCUACGAGCCUGGCAGUCGUGAGCAGUAUGCGACCACCCGAGUGUCACUCACUAUCUUUACUGUUGUGGCCUUCCUUCUGCUCUUCGCGACGUUUGCAGUAGGGUUAAAGACGUUUGCGGAUUUCGAUCGGGGCCUUGCCGGAUCUAAACUGAAUGAGAAAAACCCUCGUCCGAAGUACUCACACCAAGUCACAGGCGGCACUAUGAGCCACAACUCUUAUAAUGCGGGAACUACACUCGGCCCUCGAAUCUCGAUAGAGUGAGGAUGGAGGAUGGAGGAUCACGGACUGUCAUUUCUCUACGCGUAAAUUAUCUAUGAUUCAGG